CGAAACUGCAACAACAAUAAUAAAAAAUAUUUUCGUUAAAAGACCACCGCUGUUAACCAAACACUCGAAGAAAAAACUAAAAAAAAAAAUAAAAUAACUCCCAUCCACAGUGUUUGCUUGGCUAUGGCACAGCAGUUCCCCUAAGCACAUGGCGACCUUUGUUUGUGUUGCAACGACGCCAUGAGUUUGGGGAAGUGAUGAAGUGGCUUUUGUGUGGCCAUUGUUGUCGUUGCCACCCUUGCAGCAGACAACAGCAGGCGUGCCAGUGUAGGCACCUAAACGCAACGCAGCCAAGUGCCCUGACACUCCCCGCUCGCAUGUGAGAGCCCACGGAGCAAAAGCAAUAACAACAACAAAAUUGCAGAAAUAGCAAUAACCAUAACAGCAACGCCUGCCAACAGUCAGCGGUGAGUGAGUGAGUGUAUGGCGUAUGUGUACAUAAGUCUAUCCUUGAACUUGAAGGCAUUUUAAUAUACAAACGCGCACACACACACGCAUACAAAUGCUUACACACAUUUAAGUACGACUACAAGAGUAUUACUGCUGACUAAACAUUGUGUCAUUGUUUCCGCAUCCUUUCAUUCCGGUAUUUCGGUGAUAUACAAACGUUGCAUGCGAAUUUCCUCGGUUUUGGCAAAACAAAUCUUGGAUUUGUGCAUUUUCUUUUCGUUUUGGAGGAAAUCCUCUAUCUUGGCAUUCAACAUUAACGGUCUUAAAUGAUGCUUUUUUAUAAUGAAAUAUGGAUUGUUGACACAAACUAUUUUUAAUGCAUAUAUCACCGAAAAUGUUUUCGCAAACACUUUAUUCUAACAACUUGUGGAGCUUUGCCAGGCCCUAUCUAUGUCACAGCUGCCACUAAAGCGUUAGCUGAGAUAACAGAAAAAUCUAAGCAACAUAUUCAUGUACCGGCCCAGCACAACGACCUCGAAGAGAAAAACAUUUUUGGUCUUAACAUAAAUGACAAAUGAUAAUGAAUAAUGCAAUCGGCCACUUUGGAAACGUUACAUCAUCACACCUUGCCAGCGCCAGCACAGUUAACCGAACAAUUCAAUAUUGGGAAUAUGCCGCCCUACUACAACCACUGGCCGCUUCCCUACCGAGAGCGUUUAGCAGCAUGGAACAGCCGUCUGCUCAAGAUCCGGAGUCACAACAUCAAAACCUCUCACCGCAACAAUACCCACAAGCCUCAGCAGCAGCUGCAGUACCGCACUCCCCCGCCAUCGCAAGAAACGACAAUCACACCAGCACAGCGCCAGUUACACCUCCGUCUCAGUUCUAUUCGAGCUUCAACAUCUCCGAUGACCUGUUCUACUAUUUCAAUGGCUUCCUGGAGCGCGGUGAUGCCAUCUCGGGGCCCAUAUCAAGCACUGCGUCGUCGAACACUCCCCUCGAUACCUUCACCACACCUGCGGAUACUUUCAACAGCACCAGCAUACCUCAAGAUCCCGAUCUGUCCGAGUUCCUCAGCUCCCUGCCCAAUGACAGGGUCAGCCUGCUGUCGUUUCUGUUCCUCUUCUCGUUCGCCACCGUCUUUGGCAACUCGCUGGUCAUCCUGGCCGUCAUAAGAGAGCGAUAUCUGCACACGGCUACCAAUUAUUUCAUCACCAGUCUGGCAGUGGCAGACUGUCUCGUGGGUUUGGUUGUGAUGCCUUUCUCUGCCCUGUACGAGGUAUUGGAGAAUACUUGGUUCUUUGGGACAGAUUGGUGUGAUAUCUGGAGAUCACUGGAUGUGCUCUUUAGUACGGCUUCCAUACUCAACCUGUGCGUCAUAUCACUGGACCGUUAUUGGGCCAUCACAGAUCCGUUUUCGUAUCCCAUGCGCAUGACCGUAAAACGGGCGGCAGCUCUCAUCUGCGCUGUGUGGGUGUGCUCGAGUGCCAUAAGUUUUCCCGCAAUCGUGUGGUGGCGGGCAGCCCGUGAUGGUGAGAUGCCUGCAUACAAGUGCACCUUUACGGAGCACUUGGGCUACUUGGUGUUCUCCUCGACAAUAUCAUUUUACCUGCCGCUCCUCGUGAUGGUAUUCACCUAUUGCCGCAUUUAUCGAGCGGCAGUGAUACAGACGCGUUCACUGAAGAUCGGCACCAAACAGGUGCUCAUGGCCUCCGGUGAACUGCAGCUAACGUUGCGUAUCCAUCGCGGCGGUACCACACGAGAACCUUCCACCAGCUCUCACCAUCAGGCGCUGCACGGUUCACUGGGCGGCGGACCCAGCGGAGGUUCGCAACAUCAUCCGCACGCUCACCACCACCACCGUACCUCACACCAUAAUCAUAGUAAUGCGGGCACCACCACCUCAACGCCUGAAGAGCCGGAUGAUGAGCCGCUAUCGGCAUUGCACAACAACGGCCUGGCCCGCCACCGGCACAUGGGUGGCAAGAACUUUUCGUGGUCCCGCAAACUGGCCAAAUUUGCCAAGGAGAAAAAAGCUGCCAAAACCCUGGGCAUAGUGAUGGGCGUCUUCAUAGUCUGCUGGCUGCCAUUUUUCGUAGUAAAUCUUUUGUCCGGCUUCUGCAUGGAAUGCAUUGAGCAUGAGGAAAUUGUCUCUGCCGUGGUCACUUGGCUGGGCUGGAUCAAUUCGUGCAUGAACCCUGUCAUUUAUGCCUGUUGGAGUAGAGACUUUAGGAGAGCCUUUGUGCGCAUUUUGUGCGUUUGCUGUCCGCGAAAGAUACGACGGAAAUACCAGCCAACAAUGCGUUCCAAGUCACAGUGUCAUGUGGCUGCUGCCAUGGUGGCUGCUUCGACAUCCUUUGGCUACUCCUCGGUGAAUCAAUUCGAUGCCAAUCGCUCGAUUAUGUGACGGCAGCUCAGCAGUUGCAGUUCCUGUAGUGGGAGCAGCAACUGCGGCAGGAACAGUGUCCUGCAACAUCACCACCACCACCAUCAACAGCAGCAGCAGCAACAACAACAUCAACACCACCAGCAUCAGCAGCAUCAGCACCAACAUCAACAACUGCAACGUGAAAGGACUUGUACGCGUUGUCAAAGUUUUCAUCGCCAUAAUCACCGCCAAAGACGUAGAUCAUCGGGCGUUCACUUUGGCAAUGCUCCCCCCAUGAGCAACAUUACCAAGGCCAUAGUGACAAUAACACCACCAGUGCCCUCGGGUUCGGCCAGUGCCACAGCGCUAACACCCUCUUCCUUAACCAGUCUCUCGCUGAACUCUGGCCAUUCACCGCACACCACAAUUAAUUCGCCCGGUUCGUUGAGUGCGGCCACAACACCCAUGACUGCGGUGGCGCCCAGCAAACAUUGCACUUUUGCAUUGACACCCAUAACAAUACCUCCACCACCCAACAAGGUGUCGUUUCUAUCAACAGCCAAGUUUCAUAGUGCCUCCAAUAUAGCAUUGGCUACUUGUACAACAACGGCUUUGGUGGCAACCGCAUCAAAGAGUUCUACGGCCUCAACGCCUACCGAACGCAAAACAACACCGGAGGAUGGUGAAGAAACGCCUGUGGCUGGCAGCACCAUACCCCCAAACACCACCAUCCCUUCGGCUAUGAAGAAGUCCCAUAGUCAUCAGAAGCUGGAGAUACGUCAAAGUGUGGCAAGUCAAAUUACCACAGUAGAAGAUGUCGAUGAAAUUUGCAAACUCUCUGCGGAUGAUGAGGAUGAUGACGACGACGACGAUGAGGGUGUUGAGGUACUCAUCGAUCCCCAUCAUUAUUCGUCGAGUCAUUCGAACUCCUCAUUGUCCUCUUCGGCGGCUGUUUUAGCAUCACGUGAUAACAUGAUUAUACCUUAAGGUUAGUCCUUUCUGUUUAAGUUUGUACUCGAUGGGGAUUUUUUAUUAUUGGUUAACUGGGUUAAGAUUAUUUAUGGUUAUCAAUUUGUAGUCUUCCAAAAUGAAAAUGAAAAACAAAAACAUACACUAAGCAAAAUAAGAUUUUUGUUACGUUGUUUGAAUUGAUUUUGUUUGUGUAUUAAACUUUUUUUUUGUUUUUACAACAUUUUGCUUAAUAUCACAAUCGACGGACAUAGCCAAAUGGAAUCAGAAAAUAUUCGAUUGGCAUAUCAAACAAUUGGUCCAGCUCGUUUCCUUCAUAGAAUUGUAAACAAAUGAAGAUCACUCAAAUUUGAGAAAAACUUCCUCAUACGAUGAAGAGGCCCACAAGACGACUUAAAUAUGAACAAGUCAAGCUUUCGAUCGUUUCUUCCUCACGCACAUGGAGUAUCUGACUUAUCAACAACCAGUAUGCUGCGAUAGGGACUCUAUUCUCCAAAGUGACCAUUGACUUUUUGUCGAAAUCACACACUGCGUCUGUUCAUCUUCGGUCGAAGGUAAGGCAGGGAGUUCUAAUUAAACAGCGUCCAUGUAUAGAUUCCCAUCUCAACACUGCCUCGUACUGAGUACUUCUUCUGUCAGCUGUAUUAGCGAAAUGCCGAUAUCUCGUGAAACGGAGUAGACCGUUUCACGAGAAACGGUCUGCCCCUAAGGAAUAGUGACACACUUCUCACAUAUCAAUGAGUGCAGUCCGAUUCAAUUUUCAGCUCAAUAAUAAGGGGCCUCCUUUUUAUAGCCCACCGCCGUGCGACACCUCUUUCAAGAGAAAUUUUACAUGGCAUAGUACCUCACAAAUGUUGGCAGCAUUAGGAGGGGAAAACCACUGCUGAAAUAUUUUUUCGGAUGGUCUCGCCAGGAUUCGAACCCAUGCGUUCAGCGUCAUAAGCGGACAUGCUAACCUCUGCGCAAGGGUGGCCUUCUCCCAGUCCACAGACGGAAGUCUUACAUCAGGAUUUCUGCAACAAGUGAGGAGCACCAGCUCCAUCUUCCUCUAGGGCUAACUCAAACUAUUUCUCAUAAUCCAUCUCGACAGUCUGUUGAGUGACCUCCCAUGUUUCAGUUGAUCAUCGACAGAAGAUUGCCUCGGAUUAGUAGCACGAUAUCUUCCGAAUAUGCCAUAAAUCUCGCGCAUCCUUAUUGAGAUCUAGUAUUGCUUCCUUUAUCAGGAAGUUUCAAGCAUUCAGCAAUCCUUGUCACCCGCCGCCUGUAUAUUAUCGCAUAGUAUAUUUUCUAUCCACCGGAAGACUCCCGUGCAGCCAAGAGGUGCGACAAUCGGUUAUGGGUCCAUGUUGUUAAAUACCCCCUCCAUAUCCGGAAAACCCACUAUGGUGAAUUCCUGAAGCCAUGGCACAUUAACUGAGGAUUCCUUCAGUAGUGCUGGGAUGAUUAUGGUCCCAUUUUGUUUUUGAGCUGCCCAAUAGUGAUCGUAAAGUUUGUGCCUGUUACGACACUGUUUCUAAACUUACCUUAACAUGGGGAAGAGAUGAGUUUCAAACUGCAUGAUCAUGAGUCCUCAAAUCUUGUCACUUCGCAACUACGGUUCCUGUACAAAAGCCACAUCAUAUUCAAAUCUAUCCAUAAUUCUGGCCGCCUAUUCAUAGCUGGCUCUGAGUGGUGCAGGUUAAUCUAGCAGUAGCCAUUCUUAAGUGAUUUAAGCCGGACUUGAUCCAGUGAUCCUUGUCAUUUCCUUUAUACCACGUUCGUCAGAAAAUAAUUUCCCGUUCCGUUCCAGCAGCUAGUGUAAGGCUUCAUCCUCCACCACCGGAGAGAGAAUCCAUAUGAAUGUCUAGUUUAAGGUAUCUGCUUGCCAUGAUGGCCCAGACCUGCUAGGCCCAAGGGUUAAUACAUUGGGUCUACCAUCGCCCCCACAUGUAGUAACCUACACAUGAGUACUACCUUGACCCCGCGUAUUUGAACGUAUUUACCUCCUUGGUUCCCAUAUAUGGGUCAUGACAUUCGGUUGAAAAUGCAAGCUUGCGGUUUACCCAUGAUUUAGGUACAAACCGCAGCCACCACGUUACACCCAUCUGGGGAUUCAGCAUUGUAAGGAUGUAACCGAAAUUGCAGGGUCUGCCGACACCCGUGGUACCAGACUUUAUAACCAUAAAAUCUACUACCAGUUGAACUCCAAACAGUUCCGAACUGGUCACCUUGAAAAGGAGAAAUCGUCCUAAAACGACUUAUAGCCAGCAAACGGAGUAUGCCCAUAAACAAGAUACACCAGGACGAUAUACACAAACUCAAAAAGGAUACGGCAGCUCUCACGGGCUACGCAACAUAUAUCGACUCCAACAAUGAAGGGCAAACGUAGCAGCGCCAUAUGCAAGGCAAGCACCAUGUCAUGCGCAGACCAAAAUCACUCGGUUGUGACAGUACAGCAACACCUCGUUAUGGAUAACUAGCCAUUAUUCAUGCCUCCACUAAAGCCACGUUCAGAUUAGUCAAAUAUUUGACCAAAGUUGUUUUCUUAUUUUUAACCAAAAUAUGUCAAAUUCAUAUAUCCUUGAUUUUCUAUUGAAAAUUAAGAAUGCACAAAUUUGACAUAUUUUGGGCGAAAAUGAUAAAAUAAGUUGGGUCGAAUAUUUGACUUAACUGAACCUACCUUUAGUUGCGUUCGUCUCCUAAUAAAUACUUCUCGGAAGAAUGUGGCCAACCUUGCCACAGUUGUCUCGCCUCCAAGGGCCCUACUGAAAUCCCAAACCGUCUUGCCAAUCCCCAUCGCGCCUAAUGUCUGCAUAGUACGGGCAUUCCGUCAAUAUAUGCCUCCAGUCCACAGGUCACACUAAUCAGUCACUGACAAAUUCCUCUUAUACGGAAAAGCAUUAAAGGAGCCAUGUCCCAUCAGUAUGAAACACAGACAUAGGGCGAAGCCAAAAUCACAUACGAACGUUACGUCACAAAUAAAUUCGGUUUCUGGUUCUCCACCCAUCAUCAAGACACUUCAAAAGAAGGGCCUUAAACCGACUAAAAUACCCUACUCAGAAGCAGUAAGCCAAUCCUCGCACAGUAAAGGAAUUCCUUUUCUCACUCUGUGUAGAAAAACUACGUAACUCAAGGGCAAAUCAAGCAGGGCCAAGCCAAGCAAAUCUUGAAAUGCAAAUUUGCCCAAAAAAUUUUCAUAAGGAACAGGGGGAAACUUCUCACAUAUCAAUGAGUGCUGUCCGAUUCUAGUUUAAGCUUAAUGAUGAAGGACCUAAUUUUCAUAGUCGCGCCCGAAGGGCUUGCCGCAGUGCGAUACCUCCCCAACGAGGUGAGAGAGCGCAGAGGGCACAGUUCUCAUCCAAUUUGGCUGAAAUUUUGCAUAAUUUGAUAUAGCUUGAAUAGCUAUAUCAUUCAUUAUUCCUUGUUUGCCUACAAAUAGAUGCUGAGCAAAGAACUCGAUAAACGCGAUCCAUGGUGGAGGAUAUAUUAGAUUCGGUCCGGCCGAACUUACCACUCUUUUACUUGUUAUCCCCCCACCAAAGGAUGGGGUAUUUGUCAUUCCGUUUGCAACACAUCGAAAUAUCCAUUUCCGAACCUAUAAAGUAUAUAUAUUCCCGAUCACCGUAAAAAUCUAAGACGAUCUAGCCAUGUCCGUCCGUCUGUCCGC